AUGUCGAAAAACGAAGACAGGGAGUUAUCACUUUUGAUCUGCUCCACACUAGAUACCUUUGGCUUCAAGAAACAAAAUGUUUCUAUGCGAUCAAAAUAUUUGGAAGAAGAUGUAAACUGUUUAUUUGGAACUCUAGAAAAAAUUGGCAAUCCCUAUAUGGUAACUGUUGUAGGAAGUUCAGGCGAGGGAGUUCAACUUUCAGAUAGCGAUACGGACUUAAUGUCUGUUAUCAGAGAUGUAGUGUGUGUGGACAAAGGAUGUAUCAACGAAAAUUUUACAGUCUUGGAAACGGAUUACACUUACACGGCUCCUGGUUACACUAAAGUAGUUUCUACAUACAUUCCGAGAAUUUCUGCAGUAAACAAUUUCCAAACAUCACCCAUCUUCUAUUUCUCAUGCAUGUAUGACACGUUGGCAAGGUAUCCAUACAUAUCUAGUGAAAAAAUAAGAAAUCUGUAUCGUCAUAUUGAUAGUCCUUUGUCAGGCAUUGUGAAACACGACUGGCCAUAUGAAACAGCUACUAAUGGACCAGCUUUCACGGUUACAGGCACAGACACUUCCCGUUUUGACAAUGAUAAUGUUUUCUCUAUAUGCUUCUAUGGAGGUGAAUACUUAAAGAAGUGGGCAAACAGGACCAGAUUUUGCACGUGGUCUUCGUGUGAGAUUGUGAAAGAAAUUUCAGAAAUGGAAGGAUAUAUUGUGCCUAUUGGCGAUAAGGAGAGCGAUAACCAAAACAUCGAGUGGAGAAUAUGUUAUACUACUGCAGAGAAAAAAUUAGUUUCAAGUUUAAGUGACAUUCAAAUGAAAAUGUACGUUUUGCUGAAAAUGGUAACAAAGACUCUUUUGAAGCCAAAAUGUAAAGCUUUAACUUCUUAUGUCGUGAAAAAUGUUAUUUUUUGGAUUGUGGAAAGAACGCACGCGCGCGAGUUCUCGCCAGAUCUUUUAGUAAAUCUAAUACAAAAAUCAUUGCAUUUAAUCAAAUGUUUCUUAGAGAAUAAUCACUUUCCAAAUUACAUGAUACCUGAGAGAAAUCUUUUAAGAGGUGCAGUCUACGGCCAGGAGAAAAGAGACUUAAUUCAUUUUCUGUCCGCGUGCUUACAAGAAGGCAGAACUAUACUCCUUAAGAUUCCAAAGCUGUAUCAUUGUGUUUCGUUAAUGGUUACAAACCCAGACAAUAUGAUCAUGUAUGGUAAAUGGAGAAAGGACAAAUAUUUGAAAAUUUUGACCUACGUUAUACAACAGCUGAUGAUUUAA